GUCACAAACUGGUUCAGGUCUUCUGAGUGGCAGGAACAGAUAUCUCUCAUACUUUCCUUGCAUUGGUUUUGUUUGUGCCGUAACACAAAUUCAGCUCUGAAUAGAAAAUAGAGGACUUUGCGUAGUAAAGAGACAUGGAGGCUGUUUUAGGACUGUUGGUGAUGUCAGCAGGAGUGUCUCAUGGCUUGGAAACUUCCUGUGAUGCUAGAGAAGAUGGAUCUCAGUGUUAUGGAGCUCUGGGAGGAACUGUCUAUCUCCAGCUGACUGAUACCAUGGCAUAUAGUCACUACUCAUUUUAUAAAGGCUCAACUGGUGCUAAAACAGAGAUGCUGAAAAUGAAGGCCACACUGGUAACAAGAGACACCCCCAUUAAAGACCGAGUACACUUCUUUAUAAACAAUGGGACAUUUAGGUUAAAUAACACACAAAGGAAUGAUUCUGGUGAAUACCUGCUCAUAAAAUAUGAUUCAGAAGGGAAAACAACAGGGACCAUAGGACUACAACUGUUCAUCGAAGCUCCAGUGUCCAGUCCUCAGCUGUCCUCUGAGUGUCUGUCUCAUGGAGAGAUGAAGGUGUCCUGCUCCUCUGAGGGGGAUGGUCCCCAGUACAGCUGGACUCUGGAUGGACAGACACUGAACGACACUGAUGCCCCUCCUGAUAAUAAGACAAACACCAUCACUCUGAAGAAAGGCCUGUCAGGAGAUCUCACCUGUACCGUCAGAAACAACAUCAACCGUAAUACUGUCAGCAGGAGAAUCUCACACUGUCCAGGGCUGAUAUAUGUUAACUGCACCUUAUCCAACGGGACAAAGAUAUCAGAGUGGGUGAUUACCCUAUGUGUUGAGUCUACAACAGUGGCGACUGUGACUGAGGCCCCCACCAGUAAAACCUCCACUGGUAAGGGAUAAUGUUGAUAUUGAUGAUGAUGAUUAUUAUUAUUAUGAUGGACAUCAUGACCUCUAGGAUCGUUCCACAAAAUGAAUUGAUAUUUUCUUCAAUCUAGACCACAUGGAGAAUAAAAUAUCUCAGAUUUUUUAAAUAUUUAUAAAGAGUUGAGCUCAAGUACUAGGCUACAUGAUGAUGAUGAUUAUUAUUAUUAUGAUGGACAUCAUGACCUCUAGGAUCGUUCCACAAAAUGAGUCCCUAAUUGAUAUUUUCUUCAAUCUAGACCACAUGGAGAAUAAAAUAUCUCAGAUUUUUUAAAUAUUUAUAAAGAGUUGAGCUCAAGUACUAGGCUACAUUGUUAAUCUGUAAAUGAUCUCUCGAUUUAAGUGGCUAGCUGAAGCUCUUUAAGUGUUUAUCAGUAUCAAAUCGGAAAAUGUUGUGUAUUUACUUGAAUUGCUGAAGAAUUGAAAAUGCAGCAUUUUGACGUGUCCCUCUGUCACCCUCUGUGACCUCUAGGAACAUUUUAACCCACUUAAUCCCAAAAUGUCUCCCAAGUGUUCACCAUUAUUGUAAAGCCUUAUUUUGUUGUUUUGCCAAAGUAAUUUCUGGUGAUUUGUCUUUAUUUCAUGUG